CUAACCAAUCCUAGCAAAGUAUGUCAGAAUACGGGUGGGAAUACAAAACGUAUGCAUUACAGUCUCAUGGUUGCUAUAGCCGAAAUGACUCGAAUUUCUCCUACGUAUCCUAAAUAUGUAUAUGUAUAGGCACGGAUAUUUUACUUUCAUGUCUUUGCAGAGAAACCUUUCGCAGACACGACGAGAUGUUUUAAGUUGUUGCUGGCAAGUAGCUAUAAAACAGCAGUUUUUCGAGAGAUCUUUCCUUUCCUAGUUUCGAAUCCGUGACGUCACGUCAACAUGGCGGCGCGCACAGUGAAAAGUAAAAACAAGAAAUAACCGUGAUGUAAGGUUUAAAACAGCCUUUUGAGUCUUAACCGUGAAUUCGUUGUAAUAACAAAUUUCGCGCGAACCCAACAACUCUGUAAUUCCAGUCUUUAUAGACAGUUUACAGUAAGUAUUCCUUUAUUUCCGAUUUCCGAGUUGGAACAUUCCGAGUUCCCACUUAUCGUGCACGCAGCAUUAUAAAUGAAACAGGAGCGGUAUUUCACAACCUUUCCGACAGAUGGCGACAUUCUCUGUACAGAAACAACACAUGUAACUGCACAGAUUUAUUUUGGUGAAACUGUCAUCUCAUCGCACCAUGAAUUCAUUGGUGGAUUAUGACUGUGACAGUGAGGACAGUUUAGAUCCAGAGGAGAACCUUCCAGAAAAAAGUGUCAGUUCAGCUGAAUCAGAAGAACGAUUUCAGACUGUUACAUUGCCAUUAAAGAGGCCAGAUUCAGAUAUCUAUCACCACAGGCACCAAACAGAAGAUCAUAAAAUUCCACAAGGUUCAAAGUGGUUUGAGUCAGCAUGUCCUGUUGUACAAACGUCUGUGUGUUCAAAAAGACCACCGGUUUUAGGUGGACUGAGACCGUACGUGUCAAAGAGACAGAGGUUGAUCACGCAGUCAGAGUCAGCAGCACUGGAAAACACAGAAAACUCACCUGACCUACAGGCUAAAAACCUGCGCCUUCUAACAGAAGUGUCUGAGAGAGUGCAGCCAUUCCUUGGCAGGAAUGUGGUCAGAGGCGAGCUGCCCAAACGUGUUCAACAUCAACUUCAUGCUCAUCGAGGGCCAGUAAACACGGUACAGUGGUGCCCCGUGCCGCCUCUCAGUCAUCUUCUGCUCUCAGCCUCCAUGGAUAAGACCCUUAAGGUUUGGGAUGGUGCUGGCAGUGGGCGGUGCCUUCAGACUUACUCCACCCACCACGGGGCUGUACGAGAUGCAUGCUGGCUGCCGUGUGGACGACGCCUCCUUUCCGGCUCCUUUGACAACACGACCUCUGUGACAGAUUUGGAGACUGGUCAGGUGGUUGCCAGGGUGGACAACGAGUUCAAGGUCACUUGUCUUGCAUUUCAGCCCUCAGAUCCUUCUCUUUUUCUGUGUGGGGGAUUCAGUACUGAGGUCAAGGCAUGGGAUUCCCGAACCUGUAAGAUGGUCAGAGUGUACAAGGCUGGGAUUCAGCAGACACUGGACAUCCUGUUUCUGGGUGAAGGGAAAGAAUUUGUGUCCAGCAGUGAUGUUGUCAGCCGAGACUCUGCAGAUCGCACCCUCAUUGCCUGGGACUUUCUGACUUCUGCCAAAAUCUCUAACCAGAUAUUCCAUGAGAGAUACACCUGUCCUAGUCUGGCCAUGCACCCACAGGAGGACUCCUUUGUCGCUCAGACCAAUGGGAAUUACAUAGCACUCUUCUCAGCCCAGAGGCCAUACCGGAUGAACAAGAGGAAGCGAUAUGAAGGGCACAAGGUGGAAGGUUAUUCAGUGAAAUGCGAGUGCUCUUCAGAUGGCACCAUACUGGCGACUGGUAGUUCUACAGGCUCUGUGCACUUCUAUGAGUUUCAGAGCGCACAAAGCCUGCUCACUCUCCGUGCUCAUCAGCAGGCAUGUAUGUGUGUGUCUUACCAUCCUGUAAUACCUGCUAUGCUUGCCACGUGCGACUGGGGAGGGGAGAUCAAGAUAUGGAUCUGACAACUUCAACCACUUCUGUUUGUAUCCCAAAACUUUUUACAAACACAAUAAAUUGAAAUAGUCUUAUAAACGUCUUAUGUCCAUGUACUUCUUCUGUGGCUUCUGGCUUGGAAUCUAGAUCUACAUCUGGAUUUCUGUGCCUUGUGCCUGUCCUGUUGAAAGCCGUUUGAAUU